AUGACCGCUCAAAAACCUGAUCCCGGGCCUCAAGCCGCCGACAAGUCCGCGGACAAUAGCGGCAACAACAAGAUGAUGCUCGCUCUGAUUCCAAAAAUACCCCUGAUGAUGAGGGUAGCCCUCCUUCAUAUGCUGUCCCUUUCAAAGCAGUCGAAAUACCUAGACUUGCGAACCGAAAUCACCAUCGCUGUGCUGCGCUCCUUUACGAACCCCUCUGUGCCCCGGAGCAUCUCGGCUACGCAGAAGAUGGCUGCUAUGGUUCCCAAGCUGAAGGGUAAGAUCUGGGUCAGUAAUUACACCUGCCCGGCGCCUCCACCAGAGGAAAGAGGUCUGCAAGACGCCAUCGCAAAGGCGAUCGACGAGAUGCGAAAUCCCAAGGUCCCACCACCCUCCUACGAGAUGCCAGAUCCGGCACCCAUCGAGGCCGAGUGGACGGGGUACCGCGCAAACGCGACGUCCGAAUCGCGGUUGCCGGAUGUCUCGGAAAGAGAACUCUACGCCGAGAUGAUGAAAGAGGUCAAGAGCCCCGUAACGGUGCUCUACUUUCACGGCGGAGCGUACUACUUACUGGACCCGGCAACCCACCGCCCAACCACCAAGAACCUCGCCAAGCUGACCGGCGGGAGAGUAUACUCGGUCCGGUACCGUCUCGCACCUCAGCACCCGUUCCCCGCAGCGUUGAUGGAUGCGCUGAUGUCAUAUCUCGCACUUCUCUACCCCUCAGAAGGCGCUUUCCACGAACCCGUCAAACCAGAACACAUCGUCUUUGCCGGCGACAGCGCCGGAGGCAACCUUGCCCUGGCCCUCCUCCAACUAAUCCUGCACCUCAACCGCACCUCCUACCCCAUCCCCUGGCACAACCACAACCACACCCAUCCCAUCCCCCUCCCCGCCGGCGCCGCCGUAAACUCCCCCUGGCUCGACCUCACGCACUCCUCGCCCUCCAACACCGCCAACGCCCCCUUCGACUACCUGCCCACCCUCGCCCAACAACUCGCCGCCGAAUCCAAACGCCCCGCCUGCGCCGCAUGGCCGGCCUCCCCGCCCCGCCGCCACCUGUACGCGCCGGACUCCCUGCUCGCCCACCCACUGGUCAGCCCCGUGCUGGCGGCGUCGUGGGCCGGCGCGCCCCCCGUGUGGAAGUGCGUCACUUGGGAUAUUUUGACUAGAUGA